CUCACUCGAUCGAAAUGAUAAGAAAUUCUUCCUGCAACUGAAUGGUCAUUGGCUCGAAUUUGUAUAUACCCCUACUCGAAAAAAAUUUCUCCAAACCCAAGGGGGUGCUUGCACCCCCCUCCUCUACAAGUGGCUCCGCCACUGCUUGGAAGAGUGUAUGACUUGGCAAGUUAAAAGGUAUUAAAAGUUACUUAAUUAACCUAACCGUACAUGUGAUUAUGUAUUGAGUAUGAUUUUUGGUAUAUGUUAUGUGUCAUGAGAUUAGUGAAUUAUUGGAUAAGAUGGAACGUGAUGGAUGAUGGCUGACUGGUGUAUGAUGCAUAUAAAUACCAGGGCCAGCUUAGAGGGUGUGCCAGCCGGCCCUUUGGCACAGGUCCUCCGACAAUUAGGGGCCUCCAACAAGACUCGUUAGUUAAUCCGAUUGUAUAUUGUAGGUUGUUUUCUAGUGUAUGAUUAAUUGAUUAUGAGUAUGAUGAUGAGUUUAAUUGUAUUAAUUAAUACUAGUGUUAGUUAUUGGUUAAUAAUCUCAUGUAUAUACACACUAGACACGAAUAAUGAUGGUUAAACUACUGUUUGUGUUUCGAAAAUUCUAUUUCUAUUAACAAUAAUACAAAAAAAAAUCUUAAUGAAAUAGCUACGAUAACAAUAGAAAAUGAUCUCAUGGAGACAACGAAAAAUAGAAAGAUAAUAUAUAAUUUAUUUUAAACAAUAUAGAAAUAUAUUGCAUUUCGAAUAAUAACAUUAUAAUCAUUUAAAUUUUAUUAUACUUAUAACAAGAUCUCAUGGGCCACAUCUCGAUUUUGUAACAGGGCCUCCACGAUCCAUUGAACGACGCGCUGAUAAAUAGGAAUUACCCAUGAAGACAGUAUUAAUAUUAAGAAGUGAUAUGUGAAUCUGUAAUAGCUCUAAGAGUAUAGAGAGUAAAUGAGGAGAUGUUCUGGAAAGGUUUGUAGGUUUUUUUAGAUUGAAAGAACUAGGGGGGGAAGUAAUUAUGAGACUCAUUUUAUCAGUGUUUGUUGCUUGCAAUGCAAUGACGACCAGCCAGCUACCGAUCGACGCCUUCCAUUCAAUAGUUGUCAAAGAGGACGAAGAGACACACCUUAUCUUAAACUUGAUCGGUUGUGAACUUCAAGAAGAGAGUUCUAGCUUGUUGCGUGCCACGUAUAUAUGCAUGCAUGUAUGAUCUCCUUCCUUCCUUCCUAUGACUCCAAAUUUGGAUGGUGCAGGAGGAGGAAUGACAGUUUCAUCGAUAAUUGUUUGCACAAAGCAAAUCAAAGAUUCGAAUUAUUAGUUUAAUCUCUAGAGCAUUCUUAUUUUUUCUUGCCAUUGAUGAUGAGCAACGAAGAACGCACUUGUUUACCUAAUUGGAAAUUUUAGGGCACUUGGGAUUUGCACUCUUCAUUUAUUUAUUUAUUUUUCCACGAAAUUUAGACUCCCUAAUUAUCCAGAACUCCCCAAAAUUAGAGUCGAGAAUAUUCUUCUUAAUCCAUCUACUACCUUAUGGAAUAUGCCUUUUUCCUCCACCAUUUUCUCGUUCACAAUUUAUUUAACCUUUUAAGGAUGUAUGACGUGUAAAAUCCAUGGUUAUUAGUAAAAUCGGUUUUAUCUGAAACAAAAGGCAAAGCCUUUAAAUACCAAGUCACCAUCCCAACGCCAUAACCUGCCAUUGAGACAAAAACCCAACACCAGAAAAGAAAACAGGGCUGCAAAAGCUUCCCUUUUGUGUUCCCCUUUUCCCCCUUCGUUUUUUUCCCUUUUCCUUUCCCGGGAAAAAAAAAAAAAAAAGAAGAUGGCCGUAAAAGCCGUUCAUGUCUCCGACGUCCCUCACCCCAAUCUCGAUCAUCAGCAGCAGCAACUGGCACUUUCUUCCCCCCGCGGCUUCGCCAAUACUGUUGACAAUCGUAAGGAAGGAGAAAGGGAAGGAGAGGAAACGAUUGGGUUGAUUACGAAGUUGGUAGUAAUGGGACACAGGGGCAGCGGGAUGAACAUGCUCCAAUCCCCGGACCCUAGGAUGAAAUCCCUCAAGGAGAACUCUCUCCUCUCCUUCAACGCCGCCGCCAAGCUCCCCCUCGAUUUCAUCGAAUUCGACGUUCAGGUGACAAAAGAUGACUGCCCGGUCAUUUUCCAUGACAACUUCAUCUUCACCCAACAACAGGGCGUGCUCGUUGAGAGGAGAGUCACAGACCUCACUCUACAAGAACUUCUAUCAUACGGGCCACAGAAGGACGAAUCGAAUGGGGUUGGGAAGCCGUUGUUUAGGAAAACAAAAGAUGGGAGGGUGUUUGAAUGGAAAGUUGAACAAGAUGAUUGCUUCUGCACUUUGGAAGAGGCAUUCAACAAAGUUGAAAGCCCUGUUGGGUUCAACAUCGAGUUGAAGUUUGAUGACCAGCUUGUCUACACCAAACAACAACUCACCCAUUCUCUAGAUGUCAUUCUCAAGGUGGUACAUGCGCAUGCCGGAGAUAGACGCAUCAUGUUCUCAAGCUUCCAGCCGGAUGCAGCACAACUAAUGCGAAAAUUACAGCAGAAGUAUCCUGUUUUCUUCCUGACCAAUGGGGGUUCAGAAAUUUACAAGGACACGAGAAGGAAUUCACUGGAGGAGGCGAUUAACGUAUGCAUGGAAGGUGGGUUGCAAGGAAUUGUGUCGGAGGUGAAAGCCAUCUUCAGGAAUCCAGGAGCCAUAGCCAGAAUCAAGGAAGCCAAGCUCUCCCUCGUCACAUAUGGCCAAUUGAACAAUAUAGGUGAAGUGGUUUACAUGCAACAUCUAAUGGGAGUUGAAGGUGUGAUCGUCGAUCUUGUCGAUGAGAUCACAAGAGCGAUAUCAGAUAACGAUUCGGACAAAAAAGUUGAUCAGCUGAGAAAAUUUCAGCUCAAUACAACGUUGCCACCUCAAUUUUCGAAAGAAGAGUUGUCCUUCCUGCUCAACCUAAUGCCUCAGCUCAUGGUUAACCACUAAAUUGUAAACAUGCAGUUGCCCUGUUUUCACUUUGACAUUUUCCUUUUGUCUCAAUGUACAUAGUAAACAUGGAUGUUCCUUUUAUUUCCUUUUUUUUUUUUUUACAAAUAGAAGGACUCGAAAUGAGAUUGUUGUAUGUUGUUGUACAAUACGGACAGUCCAAACAUUUCAGUGGGCUACAACUAAAAAAUUGCACGGGCUCGGCCCCAUAUGAAUGAUAGGCCGGUUUGGAGUUUGAUUGAUCCAUCCAUUCAUUUGUUUUCAUUUUUGUGUAUACUAAAUAUGCCAAAUGGUU